GCCAAAUCAGCAAGCCAAAGCCGUUGAUUAAUCUAUGAUCCAAAGGCUAACAUUCAUCUAACGCCAAAGCUAUCUCUUCUGUUGCAGAUCAGAGAUCAAAGUCAUCGUCUCAGAGUAAGCAGCCAUGGAUUCUGGAACCAAAGUGAAGAAAGGAGCUGGCGGAAGAAGAGGUCCAAAGAAGAAACCGGUUUCCCGGUCCGUUAAAGCCGGUUUACAGUUUCCAGUCGGUAGGAUCGGUCGGUAUCUAAAGAAAGGUCGCUACUCAAAGCGUGUUGGAACCGGAGCUCCGGUGUAUCUCGCUGCCGUGCUAGAGUACCUUGCCGCCGAGGUUCUAGAGCUAGCUGGUAACGCUGCAAGAGAUAACAAGAAGAAUCGUAUCAUACCACGCCAUGUUCUGUUAGCUGUGAGGAACGACGAAGAGCUAGGAAAGCUACUCAAAGGCGUGACUAUCGCACACGGAGGAGUUAUACCGAACAUAAACCCAGUUCUCCUCCCAAAGAAGUCUGAGAAAGCAGCUUCAACUCCAAAAGGAACCAAGUCACCAUCAAAGGCUACCAAAUCCCCUAAGAAGGCAUAGUUUUCAUCAGCAUUCCGUCUUCUUCUUCCUCUUACUCUAUGUAUAACUUGUAAUCUCUCUGUUGGUGUGUAAAGACAGAACACCUCUUACCUUUGUUCACCAGUUGUAAAAGUUCAAACAAGUCUAGUUGUCGAUGUAGUUUGAGAUAAUGUUUCAGUUUGUAAUAAGAGAUAUGGUACGUUUUUAUAUACGAUCAAACCUUAUAUCAGAAGUAGAA